GACUCGGUGCCCAUGCACUUUGCCCCGCUCGCAUGCGAGGCCGUGUCUUUCGACAUAUUGGACACCAAGUUUGAUAUGAUCCUAGGCAUGUCGUGGCUGCAAAGCGAAGACCAUCCGGUGAACUUCCAUCGAUGCACCGUUCACGUUUGUGAUCGGCGUGGCAAACUAGUCUCGUGUACGGUGUCGCUUCCUCAUCCUUCGAUUGGUUGUCACGUGGCAUCCGCGAUGAGUAUUCACCAAUCCAUCCGGCGGAAUGACAUCGAGGAGAUGGGCAUAUGUUUUAUUCACGCCCUCCCACCCGGUGAUCAGCCUAAGACGGAUACGUCGGACCCACGCAUCAUUGAGCUGUUGGACAACUAUGAGGAUGUCUUCCAAUCUCCCGCCGGAGUCAUACUGGAUCGGCCCAUACGCCACAGGAUCACUCUCGAGGACGGCGUCGUACCUCCAUGCGGAUGUAUCUACCGCGUGAGCGAAGAGGAACUUCAAGUGCUUUGGGCACAACUAGACGACCUCUUGGCCAAGGGCUGGAUUCGGCCUAGUUGUUCACCAUACGGUGCUCCCGUUCUCUUCGUCCGGAAGAAGAACAAGGACCUUCGUUUGUGCAUCGACUAUCGAAAACUUAACGCGCAAACGAUCAAGAACGUCGGCCCUCUGCCUCGGAUCGAUGAUCUUCUCGAGCGACUAGGUGGCGCCAAGUACUUCUCAAAGCUUGACCUCAAGUCCGGAUACCACCAGAUCGAGAUUCAGCCAAAAGAUCGGUACAAAACCGCAUUCAAGACGCGGUAUGGGCACUUUGAGUGGAUCGUCAUGCCUUUGGGUCUCACCAAUGCCCCGGCUACUUUCCGAGCGGCUAUGACGGCAGAAUUCCGCGACUUGCUCGACCGCAUCGUACUUAUUUACCUUGAUGAUAUCUUGCUUUAUAGUCGGACGCUGGACGAGCACCUCGAGCACCUUCGCGCCGUAUUGGAGCGGCUCCGUAUCGCCAAGUAUAAGGCGAACCGCGACAAGUGCGAGUUUGCCCAGCAAGAGCUGGAGUACUUAGGCCAUUACGUUACGCCGCAAGGCAUUCGUCUGCUCGCGGACAAGGUACAAGCCAUUCAAGAUUGGCCAGACAACAAUUGUACUACUCACGUUCGCUCCUUUCUCGGCUUGGCAUUAUGCUACAUGCGCUUCGUCAAAGGAUUUCAACGCAUCGCUGCACCAUUGUCGCGACUUCAGUCCCCCUUGGUGCCCUUCAAACUCAGCGACGAAGCCCGGCAUGCGUUUCACACGCUGAAGACGACUUUGCUUCAAGCUCCCGUCUUAAGCAUCUAUGACUCGACCUUGCUUACUAAAGUGACUAUGGAUGCUUCCGGCUACGGCAUUUACGCGGUUUUGGAACAGCAUGACGGCACAGACUGGCAUCCGGUUGAGUACUUCAGCCAAAAGGUGCCGCCCAUCAACACUCUUGAUGAUGCGAGGAAGAAGGAGCUCCUAGCUUUUGUCACCGUACUUAAAAGUUAGCAUCACUUUCUCCUCGGGCGUCGGCGAUUCACGUGGGCAAUGGACAACAAUCAGUUGACAUAUUACAAGA